CUAAAGUGUAGAUAACGUAAAACCCAUAAGCUUCUAUAAAGGCUGAGCAGCCCGAUGAGGCUCAGUCGUCUUUCCCUCAGCUCGGUAACUUCAUUAGCAUCAUUAGCAUCGUUAGCAUAGUUAGCAUCAUGUGUCUCCGAGGUCUCCUGCUGGUAUCCGGGCUAUUUCUGAGCAGCUGGGCUCUGACUCCUGAAGAAUGCCAGCCCUUGGUGACGCCUCUCUCUCUGGCUGACCCCUCCAUGAUGGGCGGACGGUCAUAUAUCCUCGCCGCUUACAACGAUAACGAUGUGUUUGAAGCAAUCCUGAAGUCCCUGGAGAGCUCCUGGAUGACUAUGACUGACUCUCCCUCUGGCGUCUUCACGUCUCAGUCAAUCAAACUGAAUGGAACCUGUCUCCUCUCGAGAGAAACUGUCAACUUCACGUUUGAAGGGAACACAGCAUCAGUGUCAUUCAACAACAUGAGCAUGAUGAUGCACAUCCUGCCGGGCGGAGCCGGUCUGGCGGUCAUGAGCAUCAACAACACCAUCAAAUACUCUGACCUGGUGUUUAAAAAGCUUAAUAUCCCCAGUGAGAACAGAGAGGACAUCAGCCUCCGCGCUCUCUACCUGAUGGGCAGAGAGGCGACCCUGAAGGACUCGGACCUGGAAGAGUUCAAGAAGCAGGCGAGCUGCCUCGGGUUCUCCGGAGAACCACCGUUCAUCUACAACCCUGAGAACGGUUUCUGUACUGAAGAGGAGUCGAUUAAGGUGUAGUUCUGAAGAUAGAAACAAUCAUGAAGGAAAUAAAGAAAACAAAAAUGUAAAACUAUUCUUCUUCUGUACAAAAAUCAGCUGGACCAUUUUGAUGAUCGUCAAGAUUUAUAAUGUGUUGAUCCUUAAACCCUUUAGAUAAUGCUGAAAAAGUGUGAAGUCGAUCAGACUAGGUAUCUGUUCUCCUUAGCAACUGUCUGUUCUCCUAGCAACAGUCUGUUCUCCUUAGCAACUGUCUGUUCUCCUUAGCGACGAUCUGUUCUCCUUAGCAACUGUCUGUUCUCCUUAGCAACUGUCUGAUCUCCUUAGCAACAGUCUGUUCACCUUAGCAACAGUGUCUUCUCCAACUCUGUUCUCCUUAGUAACAGUCUGUUAGCAAGAAUGAACAACCUCUGGAAUGUCCAAACUGACCAAUCAGAAUAAAGUAUUCAACCAA